AUGGCGACUGAUAGAGGCCUCGAAAUCUCCUCUGCCUUCCCGUUCGAGAAGAAAAAGGCUGAAGUUCUGGGUAGUCACAUGGCCUAUGUCGACGUCGGCACCUCUUCUCCCUCCGGACCCGUCGCCGUCUUCUUGCACGGCAACCCAACAUCGUCAUAUCUCUGGCGAAACAUCUUCCCACAUGUAGCAAAGAACACCCGCUGCAUUGUGCCCGACCUCAUCGGCUUCGGCGAUUCAGACAAAGUCGCUGGCCUGGAGUACAGAGUCCGCGACCACCAGAGCUAUAUCGAUGCCUUCCUAGACGCUGUCAUUCCAUCAGAGCGUGUCAUUCUUAUCAUUCACGAUUGGGGAUCUGCUCUCGGCCUGGACUGGGCCAGUCGUCAUGAAGACCGCGUCGCAGGUCUCGUGCUGAUGGAGUGGAUUGCGGCGUUGAACAACUGGAACACUCGAGAUGAAAUGUUCAGAGACCUCUUCCAAAAGUUUCGUACGCCAGAACUUGGUCGCGCCAUGAUCAUUGAGCAAAACUUCUUUGUGGAUAAACUGCUUCCUACGGGUGUCAUUCGAGGGCUAACCGACGAGGAAAUGGUUCACUACCGCCGACCAUUUCUUAACCCCAUAGAUCGUGAACCGGUCUGGAGAUUUCCCAACGAGAUACCCAUUGAAGGUCAUCCGCAGGAAGUGGUGGAAAAGGCACGAAAGUACACGGCCUGGCUCCUUGCAUCAGAGCUGCCAAAGCUAUUCUUCUGGGUGAAGCCCGGAACGUUUGUUAGGGAGCAAGACUUUGAGAGACUGAGCGCACAGAUGAAGAAUGUCAAGACCAUGUAUCUUGGAGCAGGAAGUCAUUUCAUGCAAGAAGACCAUCCUCAUAGCAUUGGACAAGAGAUUGUGGCAUGGAUGGCAGAGUUGGGUCUCUCCGAUGUUAGCGCAAGUCUAUAG